AUGGACUAGUUAGUUUAAGAAAUAUCUAUUUAAUUUCCUACAAUUCCUGAAGUCUUAGCUUUAGUUAAUUCUACCUUUGCUACACUUCUUGCUUUUGGGUUAGUUUUUAGAAUUCUUUCAUAAAACGUUAUCAUUUAAGAUUUUCUCCAUGUUUUUUUAGAAAAUUUGUAUUAGGCUACAUACCACCAAUUAAUAUAGGAUCAUAAAUUAUCAGACUGCAAAUCUUAAGUCUAGUCAAUUCAUCAAUAAGAAGUCCAGUUUGUAGGGUAAGACCUUUUAGAAAAGGAUAAGUCAGAUAACAUAGAACUUCCUUAAUUUUCUACAAAGUUUAAAUAUCACAUAGAAUAAAGCCCAUAAUAUAAAGAAAAUAAAACUGAAUUUAAAUUUGAUAAAGAUUAUGUGAUUGAAACUCAAGAGUUAAGUAAUAAAAUUUCAGCUUAAAAUAAAAUAUUAGAUACACAAAAUGAUAAAAAUUAUCUCUGCUUUACUUAAUAAGAGUAGUACACAUAAGAAAAUAAUUUAACUUCUAAUAUUCAUGAAUCAAAAUUAAUUGAAAGUAGAAAUUUAAGCUAAAGCAACAAAAUAAUAAAGAAAUAAAACUAAAUAAUCUAAAAUCAAAAGGCUAAACAAAAGCGAGAUAUAAAUUCUGAAAAUAUGAUUUAGAAAUUAAGAGUUAUCAAAGACCUCAAAAUAUUUCAAAAAUUUAAAAAUUCUAUUUUUGAAAAAAAGUAAAAUUUAAUAACUUAAUUGAAAAAAAUAAUAUGCUUCUGGAAGAAAAAAAAAGAAAGUUUAGAUGAAAAGUAAGAAUUUCAAACAUAAAAAGUGCUUAUAGAUAAAGAAUAAUUAGCUGCUAUUCAACUUGUAGGGUAUUCUUCUUAAUACUUAGCAGAUUAAACUAGCAAACAAAAUAGUAUUAAACAAAUUAAGUAAAAGUAUAAAAACCACUUCGAAGAAUAAUAAAAUAUUCUUAAUUCUUGUGAAUUAUAAUAAAAGUAUAUUAAAAAGUUUUUUUCCAAGUUAUAAGAUGAUAGCUAUAAUAAACUUGACAUAGAUAAUAGGAUAUUCUCUGCAAUAAAUAAUAAUUGA